AUGAUGGGAGGCGCGUCCACUACCGCGGUAGCGGCGGCCGCCACCCUUCAACAUCAGCAGCAGCAACAGCAACAGCAACAGCAGCAGCAACAGCAGCAGCAGCAACAACAGCAGCACCAUCUGGAAGAGCUGCAGCACCAGCAAGCCCACUCACACCAGCAGCAGCAGCAACUACAGCAGCAGCACCAUCAGCAGCAACUUACCCACCAUCUGCAGGCUCAGCAGCAGCUACACGAACAGCACGAUCACCAGCUACAGCAGCAGCAGCAGCAAGCCCUCGGUCUCGCUAACUCCCAGGCACUAUCCCCUUCGUCCAGCUCGUACUACAGCAGCUGCUGCUCGGAUAUGGCCGCUGCCGCACUGUCCUCGCUGAUGGCCAGCACCAGCCAGUUCACCCAGUUCCAGAACACGCUCAACUUUGUCAGCGGCGGUACGAUCGGGGCCACUGUAGCCGCCAGCAACACCACCACCACCAGCAGCAGUAGCAGCAGCAGCAGCAGCAGUAGCAAUAGUAGUAGCGGCAGCCACACAGGCAGUGCUGCCAGCGCUACUAGCUCGCGCAGUGUUGCAAGCGCCGGUGACACACUCGCCGCCCCCGGAUCGAACGGUGAAGGUGCGGGAGCACCGGACAGCGAGGGUGCGACGAUCGACGCCAGCCAGGAUGGGGGCGGCCACGUGAGCGGCAGCUUCGACAGCACGCUGGCAGCACUGGCUGCCGUCGAUCAUGCUGCGCCGGUCGGCGAUACGCGCAAAAUGAUGCUCGGGCUGGGAGUCAACCACCAUCUGCCCGCCAGUCUGCAGCUGAUCGAGGAUAUGGAUCACCAGGCCGGAGAUUCGGACAGUAGCAGUGGGCAGCAGCUUCGGCACCAGGACGACACGAACGUGUCCGUCGUGGACGAGGAGGCGACGUAAGCAACGAUGUGAACGAACUCGGACACUCUCCCUCGGCGUCACGGUACUCGGUAUUCUCCAAGAGAAUGUUAGCCAAGGUAAACGCACGCAAGGUGUCGUUCGGUUAAAAUCCUAUUUUUUUUUAUAGCGAGCAGUCUUCAUUUCGAGCUAGUUUGUUCGUUUUAGUUUUAGAAAUCUUGAGCUCGCUCGCUUGUACACGCUAAAUUAUGUUUCGUCCAAACUUAAAAAAAAAACACACCCUUGUGCAAUGUUGUGUAGUGCCCGCGGUGGCCACACGCCCAGCACUCAGAAGCGGAGUGACAGGGCGCAGAGUUCAGGAGUUCGUAGGCUCGCGUCGGUUGUUCGGUUAAGGUUUUUUUGGAAAGCAAACAAACUUAUCGAAUUAUCUAUAGUCUAUAUACAUGUAUCGUACUGUGUGUGUGAGUGUAAUUAACAAAGAAGGGACAGAGCUAAUGGUGCGCGCUGAUUUAAACAAAAAAACAAACUGAUAUUGCAAUAUAGAAUUAAACGUGAAUAAACUGUGGCAUUUCUGCAAACACCGCAAAACUCUACGCAAAUGGAAUUUUAACAGCAGGGCAAAGAAUUCGGAUAGAGCCACAGUUCAGUCGCUCAUUCUCUUUUCUCCAACAAGAGCAAACAAAAAAAAAAGAAUCACUAAUAGCGAUCCUAAGAGGUCCCUCGAGAAGCUAAGAGGUCCCUCCCAAUAAAGUCCCAAGCUAGCUGUGCGUGAUGUUACAAAUCACAACAACAAAACUGUUGACCGUCCAUAAUGGUUCCCCCACAACCCCUUUUUUAAUGGAAGUAGUUCCACAACUGUCCUCUCUUAGUGUCUGUGCUCGAGUCCUGUUCAGUUUAGUGCUUUAGUGCCACGCUGUACAUAGAGUGCGUGUGUAUGUAUGUGUGUGAAUGUGUGUGUGUGUGUCUGUAGAGAACACAUUCGUUCUGUUAGCUUGGACUGCAACAAGAAACCCCCCAUCCAAUCAAUUUCCAAUCCCCCCCCCCCCCUGUCACAAUGUUGCGAUUUGAAGAGUGAAGAGUUAGGGCUUGCUCUUUAUGCUGCUGGCCUAGGUAGGCUUUGCCGUUUUGUUCUGUGCUGUUGAGAAUUCGGCAACGGUUUGGUUUAGAAUGUAGCAUACACAAACUAUGUUUUAGGUUCACCAACACCACCAUUAUCAUUAUCAUCAUCAUCAUUAUUAUCAUCAUCAUCACCACCACUAUCUUUGUGGUAAUAAUGCAAAAAACCCGAACCGGUCAAUGUACAUAUAUGUGUAAUCAACUACAAAUACAGAAACGUUCUUCCGCGAGCGAAGAUCUGCAGAGGGAGCCCCGGCACGGGGAAAGAGGGACACAUCUGUAGUGUUAAGCAAGGGGAGAAGAGGCGAAGGGGGGGUCUAAGAGUGGGUGUAGGUACUACGCUAAAAGUAGUAUAGUAAGAGCGUGAACAGAUAGCAGAAUCAAAAUAGUUUAGUUAAUUUAAUUGUGCGUUGAUCGUUUGGUUGUUUUUUUUUUAAACUGGUAACUUGUAGUGAA